AAUCUUUCUUUCCAGAUCCAUACAAGAAGGAAUGCAGGACAAGGGGAAUCCAGUGUCAUCCAAAGGCCAUUUGUCAGCUGGAUGAAGUGACAACCGAUUUUUAUUGCCAAUGUCUGCCAGGAUAUGAGGGCGAUGGCACUAAUUACUGUCAAGAGCCUGGUGUCAGCAUAACGGCUUUCAAUAGAUCUGCUUGUGAUGGCUUUGGAGAGCAGGUUUGUCUGAUCAAAGUAAUAACUGGAGCCCAAACAGUCACUUUCAGGGUCUCUAUUGCUGGGAACCACCAACCUCAUACGAUAAAAUGGUACAAAUUCUACUCAGCCCAAGGAGCGAAGUUCCACAGUUAUCGAAGGAGACUGACACCAGCUAAUAACUUGUCCCCAAAGAUGGCUCUGGCCAACAGCAGUCUGGCUCUAACGCUGUUUUCCAUUGAAGAGGAUGAUUUUUACCCAAACAUGUUCUGGGCUGAAAUCCAAUCAGAAGCCUUACCCGACAAACAGGCAGCGAUUGAAGCCUAUGAUUUCACAGACUUUCAGAUGUUAAAUCCUUCCCACUUGAGAUACUUUUUCGUCCUGGAAAGAAUGCCAAUAGAGGUUGGAGAGUUUCUAGAAGGAGACACUGUUACCAUCCAGCUGCCCCAGUAUCUUCAGGUGUCUCCUUCCAGCUUUAUAAAAUGGACUAAGGAGCCUUCACCCAUGACGCUGUUUGGCACCAAUGCUGUUGUGCUGGCCAAUGGGACGGAGGGGAUUGAGAUCAAAGGAGUAAAGAAUAGUGAAUUUGGUUACAUCCGAGCUCUUGUCUAUGAUUUCACCCCUGAUGUUCCUGGAAGGGUUAUGGUAGCCCAGAGGCUCUUCUUCAUAAAGAAGGAUAUUAGCAAAAUGUGCAAUGGAACUCGGAGCGAAAAGAAUUGCCACUGUAACCCAGGAUUUGAAGGGAAUGGCGUACACUGCAUUGAUUUAGAUGAGUGUGUGGAAGGAAUGCCUAUGAAGUGCUUGCCUGAGGCUGAAUGUAUCAAUAUACACGGAUCAUACAUUUGUCGUUGUCCACACGGAUUUGAGGGAGAUGGACUAUACAGCUGUGUAGAUAUUGAUGAGUGUGCAAGAGGGACCCAUAAUUGUAAUCGGGAUGCCAGCUGUUUGAAUACUGUCGGCUCCUAUUUCUGCGUGUGUCAGAGUGGGUUUAUUGGCGAUGGCAUUCACUGUAAAGCAAAAAGCACAUGGUCCCCAUGGUCUCCGUGGUCUGUCUGUACUGUCACUUGUGGAUUCCAGAACCAGAUGCGGAUCCGCUUGUGCACCCAUCCGGAGAGUGGGAUGCGUUGUGAGGGACCUUCUACUGAUCUCAGGCGUUGUCCCAAUCUAGAACCAUGCCCAAUGAAUGGCCAGUGGUCAGAAUGGUCACCCUGGUCAGUUUGUUCUGAGACCUGUUCAGGAAUCAAGAAAAGAAUCCGGAUUUGCAAUAGCCCUGCUCCUUCCAGAGGAGGGUUGCCCUGUGCCGGGUUAAAGGAGGAAGUCACUAUGUGCAGCAACAAAAAAUGCCCAGUUGAUGGGAUGUGGUCUCCAUGGGCAUCCUGGACUCCUUGCCCCAUCUCUUGUGGCUUAGGUGUGGUGAGCCGAUCUCGACGAUGCAAUAAUCCUGCCCCGGAGCAUGGGGGAAAAAAUUGCACUGGACAUGGAUAUGAAGAAGGUUCUUGUGGUUUUCCAGAGAACUUUUGCAAAUACUUGAAGCGACCAUCUGAAUCCAUUAUACCGGGGAAACUGAUCCAGUAAUCAAUCUAAGGAAGUUAGUAUGCUGAAAAUCUAUUGACAUUCACGGGCCUUUAACUUAUUUAAAUGUCUUUGAAAAGCACAGCUGUACUGAAAAGUUCAACAAGAAAUCUGCAUCAAUAGAAAACUUACAGUCAUGGUACUUCUUGGAAAACACUAGUGUUCUGUGCAGUGUAGUGAAUGCUAUCACCUUUGUUGUUCAACACUUUAGUAGAGACGAAUAAAGCAAGGCAUAACAUGAAUACUUAAAUUACCUUUUUUUGCUGUGAGGUAGAAGAGGACUUGUAUUGUGCCUUUGAGUAAGAAAGUGAUCCUCAGUAAGUAAAAACCAUGACACCAAAGAUGGGGGAAGGAUGCCAGAGUCCAAGACAGACACAGAAACUAGAAGCAUCCUUUGGAGGAGGGGGACAUAAAGCAUUGUACUGUGUGAAGAAUUUACACAUAUCCUCAAGUUCCCCUGUCACUAACUCUGUGUUUAUGGCAUUGCUUCAUGAGCGGGAUAGUUUUGCUUUGCCU